AUGAAUUCGUGUGCGCUCUACUUCUCGCAGCUGCGGGCGAUGCUCGUGAGAAAUCUCCUGUUGAAGAAACGCGACACGCGGAAGACACUUGUGGAGAUUUUUCUACCCCUUUUUAUCCUCGGGAUUUUGAUCGUGGUAAAGGCUAUGACACCCAACCCAAACUUUCCCGCGAUUACGACGCCGAAAUACGAAGAUAAUAUAUUUGAAGUAUUCCAUCAGCGCUACAAUAACAAAACGAUUGCCGUGGUUCCCAAUUCUACGGAAACUCUCAGCUUCUUAGGCUCCAUGAAUAGCCUCUGGCUCUCUAUGGGGGAUUAUCCCGGUAAGCUUCCUUUAAACUUCAUGGUGUUCGACACGAGGGAUGAUCUGCAAGCAGCGUACUGGAGAGAUCCUUGGAACAUACCUCUAGCAGUUAUCUUUGAGGACCCUCAACCAAUAUCACAGCGUCUUACAUAUGAAAUUAGGAUGAAUCCUUCAUACAUCUCACCGCCAUCGCCAACCAUAUUGUAUUCUACUCCGAUCAGCUGUCGAAUAAAUAGAACCGGUUUCAAGAUAAUGAUGAUUGACAUUUUACCUAUAAGGGCUGGAGAAUUUUGUCCUGUCAAUAAUUAUUUGUUUUCUGGUUUCUUGGCUUUGCAGAUGAUAAUAGACAUCACAAAGAUAAAAUUGGAAAAUUCCGAUGUGACAAUACCAGAUAUUGAAUUCAUAAUGUUUCCUAAGGAAGCAUUUACCGCUGACUGGAUGCUGGCCUUUAGAGUUGUUGUUCCACUUUACAUGGUCUUGGCGCUCUCGCAAUUCAUUACCUAUCUUCUGAUCUUAAUAGUUGGCGAAAAGGAAAAUAAGAUUAAAGAAGGAAUGAAGAUGAUGGGUUUAAUCGAUUCCGUGUUUUGGUUAUCUUGGUUCAUAAUCUACAGUAUCUUCGUCUUUCUGCUUUCUGCUGUCGGAGUAAUGUUACUCUUUACCCUACAAAUGUUUCAACACACGCAUUUUUUGCCGAUAUUUCUUUUGGUGGUCCUGUACAGUUUUUCCGUGAUUAUGUUUGGUUUUAUGAUCACGCCAUUCUUCGAUAAAUCGCGCACGGCUGGAGUUUUGGGAAACUUUGCUAUCACUUUACUGAGCUUGAUGUACUUUAUCCAAGUAUUCGUGAGUGAUUCCAGCUCAGUUAUGUAUUGGUUGGUUUCUCUGAUAAGCCCAGCCGCAGUCGCUUUGGCAAUGGACAAAGCUCUAGUGUUGGACUUGCAAGGUGAGGGAGUGAAUUUCGACAAUCUCUGGUCGGGACCAGGUAUACCUUUUGGUGGCAGUCUCAUCAUGAUGACUCUAGAUAUCUUUCUGUACGGCUCUCUGGCCUAUUAUCUCGACUCCGUAAUACCAAAUGAGUAUGGAACGAAGGAUCCACCCUGGUUUUGUUGCUUACCCGAAUUUUGGUGUCCAAAGAAAGUUCAAAGGGUACCAUCGUCGAAUGGCGAGUCUAACUCGUUUAUUCCGGGCGAAGAGGCGAGUCGCGACGUGGAGCCAGUGGUGCGCGAGAUGAAGGGCCGCGAAGCAAUCAGGAUAGCCGACCUUUACAAAUCGUUCCACAAGUGCAGGCAGUCGGAGAUCAAGGCGGUGAAUGGCAUCAAUCUGAUUAUCUACGAGGGUCAGAUCACCGCCAUUCUCGGUCACAACGGCGCCGGCAAGACUACUCUUUUUAACAUCCUCACGGGCCUGACCGCGCCUACAUCUGGUACCGCUCUCAUAUUCGGUUAUGAUGUGCGCGAUUCCAAUGACAUGCGGGCAAUACGAAGCAUGACCGGGCUCUGCCCGCAACACGAUAUUCUUUUCGACCUGCUGACACCGCGCGAGCAUCUCGAGUUCUUCGCCGCGGUGCGUGGCAUUCCACGUUCGAUGGUACAACAUGAGGUGAAGAAAACUUUGAAGGAUAUCGAUUUAGUUGAGAAGGCAGAUACUUUUGCCCGAUACCUAAGCGGUGGACAGAAAAGGAAGCUGUCUGUGGGAAUCGCUAUCAUUGGCGAUCCCAAAAUCAUUAUUCUUGACGAGCCUACUGCCGGAGUGGAUCCCUAUUCGAGAAGACAAUUGUGGUCUCUCCUGCAAUCGAGGCGACACGGAAAAGUAAUUCUAUUAACGACUCAUUUUAUGGACGAAGCGGACAUACUCGCUGACAGAAAAGCAGUAAUCAGCAAGGGAAAACUCAGGUGUUGCGGCAGCUCCCUGUUUUUAAAGAACAAAUUCGGCAUUGGAUACCAUUUAACAUUAGUUUUGGAGAGUAACGCCAGGGAACACGCUAUCAGUCGGUUAGUAACGUCACACGUGAGUAAAGCGGAGAAGGCGAGACGUCAUGGCCGGGAAUUAAGCUUUAUCCUACCUCACAAUUCUGUGGAGAACUUCGCACCCCUUUUCUCCGCCAUCGAGCAUGAGAUCAAGACUCGUUCAAGCAGGCUUGGCAUCAGCAGUUAUGGCGUGUCAAUGACCACCCUAGAGGAGGUAUUCUUGCAUCUGGAAAAGGAUGAGGAAACCGAGUGUACAAUGGACAAUCUGUCGAAGAAGAUGGUACGCAAUCGUGCGCUUAGCCGAUCGCUUUCGUUGCAGUCGAAGAGCACAUCCUAUCAAAGCUUGCAAAACGAGGGAAUAACUGUACAUAGUGAUGGCCAAGGAAAAGCGAAUGAUUUGCCGGACGGCGUUCAUAACGAUCGAAAUCCACCUGUGCUUGGUCUUGGCCUAGAUCCCAUCAAGAUUCGGCCUAACUGCUUUCAAACUCUCUACGCUAUGUUACGUAUAAGAGUACUUAGACUGGUUAGAAACCUUCAUUUGCUGUACUUCACAAUUAUCAUGCCAAUGUGUAUGACCGUGCUCGGUCUUUACAUAAACAGCAUCUGGACGAUUGAUAUUAAGAUGGAGUCGCUAAAACUUAAUAGCCAUACAUACAACGAAACCGGAAUUCUCUACUUAAAUAAUACCGACCAUGACAUUACCCAGUUGGUAGACAGCGUAGCUCAAGACACAAAGAACAUCGAAGAAUAUGAUGGCAAUUUUGCAAAUUUAAUCAAUGUCGCGCCGCAUAUAGCCGCCUUCAAUAUUAAUGAUUAUAAUCUAAAACCUCCACGACUCAAGCUAACUGUUACAUACAACGAUACGAUGCAACAUUCCCUUCCGAUAUUGAUAAAUAUUCUUUCAAAUGCUUAUUAUAGAUUAAUCUUGGGCAAGGACGAGGUCUACACGCCGAUUGAAGUCUAUACGUACCCCUUUCAACAGACAUCACAACCCCAACAGUUCAAUCUCGGCACAGCUAGCUGUGCUUUCCUCCUCGGCAUGGUUUUCAUAUUAGUGCCGAUUUCUUUAACAAUAGACAUGGUUUAUGAUCGUGAGAUCAAAGCGAAGAGUCAGCUUCGUGUGAAUGGCCUGUCGUUCACCUUGUACUUUCUUAGCUACUUCAUUGUGCUAGCCGGCCUGAUGGCUUUCAUCUGCCUGUGCAACCUCAGCAUCGUAUUCCUCUUCGAUGUGCCUUCGCUACGGGAAAUACCGGCCAUCAUCACACUCGGCAUUCUCAUCAUGAUCUACUGUCCAUCGUCUAUUAUUUUCUCUACAUGUCUUAGUUACAUCUUCGAUAAAAUGGACUCCGCACAAAGCAUAUUACCGAACAUUGCAACCUUUUUCGGGUUUAUACCGUUCAUGCUCGUCAUGUUCCUCGACAUGAUAGGAAUUGGUGGGAUAGCUUCGUUCGUGUUGCACGUGGUCUUUUCCCUAUUGAACAGCAUGUACGUGCCAUAUGCAGCGGUGUACUUCGUGGACCGCGUUUAUUUGAUGUGCUCUAUCAACGCCGCUUGCAACUAUCUCACUAUGUCUGAUUAUCUCACCAAGGAGAUCAUAGCGCUGGCUUUUGGUGCGAUGUUACAAUGUCCGAUAUGGUUUCUCCUACUAAUCCUGCUAGACAUCAACAAGAGCGGCGGCAACGUCAGCGAUACCUUUAAACGCUACUUGUGUGGUGGUGAUUCCGUUCAUGAGGAAAUUAUAGAAAACGCAGAUAUCGGUGAACAUGAGGAUGUAGAUGUGAAAAAUGAGCGACAGAAGGUUUUCAAUUUUGUCGCUUCGCCAACUCUUGGUCAAGAGCCGCCUCUAGUAUUAGUUCAAAAUCUGCGAAAAGAGUAUCGACCAAAAGAGAGCUGCUCGCUCUGCUCAUGCUGUUACUCAAGGCGCGAGGAUGAGUCGAACAUCGCCGUGCGAAAUCUUUCAUUCGCGGUGGAACCAGGCGAGGUUCUCGGGCUGUUAGGCCACAACGGCGCCGGCAAGACCACGGCGAUGAAGAUCAUCAUCGCCGAAGAGGUGCCAACGAGAGGCAGGGUACAGAUCAGUGGGCACAACAUAAAUACUCACAUGAUGGAUGCUUAUCGGCAGAUGGGCUAUUGUCCCCAGCAUGAUGCUCAAUGGAAGAACAUCACCGUAAGAGAACAUCUGGAAUGCUAUGCCGCGAUUCGCGGGGUUCCACCGAGUGAAAUCGAUAGAAUCGUGGAUUUAUAUUUGUCCGAUCUGCAGAUUCAGGACCAUGCCGAUAAACAGAGCCAAGAAUGCUCCGGCGGAACUAAAAGAAAACUUAGUUUUGCAAUGGCAAUGGUCGGUGGUCCCAAGGUGAUUCUCAUGGAUGAACCGAGCACGGGCAUGGAUCCCAAAUCGAAGAGAUUCCUAUGGGACACAAUUCUUGCUAGUUUCCAGGGUGGCAGAGGUGUCAUAUUGACUACCCACUCCAUGGAGGAAGCCGACGCGUUAUGUUCAAGAGUCGGCAUAAUGGUGAAGGGUGAACUGAGAUGCAUCGGUUCAACUCAGCAUCUAAAAAAUCUCUACGGUGCUGGCUACACCCUAGAGAUGAAGUUGCAGGGCGGCGACUGCACACCGACGACACCUUCUGGCGACAGGAUCGCCGGCUUAAAAGAAUUUGUUGCCGGCCUCUUCCCCGACGUCACUCUGGAAGAGAGCUUUGCCGAUCGGUUAGUCUUUGCCGUGCCUCAACAUGCCGUAAAGUCGCUGGCUGAGUGCUUUACACAAUUGGAGAAAGCCAAACUCGAACUGGAUAUAGAAGAAUACAGCUUUAGUCAAACUACUCUGGAACAGGUGUUUCUCAAGUUCUCACACUAGGGCACUUUUCUGAAAUGACGAUGUGCCGUCAUCAUGUGAUAAUCGGUGAUAAACUCGCGAUUGGUGCGAAAGAGUUGUUCGUCUGUGCACGAACAUGUGAAGGAGAAAAAUAUGUGCUUGAAUAUGACAAAUGUUUUUAAUUGCUUGGUUUCCGAAAUUUGUAAAACAAUUUCUACUGUUCUCGCUAACAAAUUAUAUGACAAUUACAUGACAAUGUGAUGAAACGUGUCACCUUGUUAUAAGGCGUCGCAGAAAAUGGAAAUAACGAACAUAAUGAUUAUCUAACAGCUCUAGUGUUGUAUUACAAAAGAAUAUCAAAGAGACACAUCGUCUUGUGCCUUCAAAUCCUUGGAGGGACAAUGAAGUAACGAAUAGAAAGAAUGAAGGGAAUAAGAGGAAUUUAUAGAUAGUUUUAAUUUUAUUUCCAAGUGUUGCAUCGAGGGAUAAUAGGCCGUUUGAAAAAAAAUUAUAAAUAAGGAAAGAAUACGAUGAAAAAUGAAGAACAAUUAUCCAAAAAUUGUAGCGUUUAAGAUAAAGAAUUAUUAUUUAAUUGUUCCGAGAUAUUGAAAAAGCAAUUAGGAAAUUAUAGAACAAUGAAGGAACAAUUAGACAAAAACGAUGUGUUGUGUUUAAAUAUUAUUAGUAUUUCCAUACUAAUAAUAUCCAACAUAUAAGUUAAAUUAGACCGUUGAUUUAUAUUUGUUAAAGCAAGAAUGAAGAAAUGUAAAGUAAUGAAGGGAUAGCUAAACAAUCGUCUUAACAUUACGUUCGACAACAGUAUUAAGACGGCAGAAAACUAGGGAGGACAAAAUGGUGAACAAAUAGAUAGCUAUAUACCAAAGUCUAGACUUGAGGGAGUGUUAAAAUAACUAGUCGCUUUGUAGCUCCAGACUGACAGAAUGUUGAAGGGGUAAGGAAAACUACGAGGGAACACAUAACAAGUUAUAGUCACUAGAUCUAGCCAUGCAAUUUCGAAAGAGUAUUAAAUCACAAAUCGUCUUGCAGCUUUAGAAGAAGAAAAAGAAGAAAGAACGUUGCGGAAGAAACAGAAACGAUAUAGUAGCAUGGAACUUAAAAGAAACAUUAAUGAAAAUUCUUUGAUUCCAAGAUUAAAGAAAUUACGGAAAAAAGAUAGAGAAUUUAACAAUUGCUGUGGUAAAAAUUGUCUCGUCAUUGCAAAGGGGAGAAAUUGCAACGACGGGAGAAUAGUCCAUUAGUUCUAGCGUGGAAAUACUUUGAGGAACAUCAGGAAUAAAACAGUUAGGUCGAAAAAAUGGUGAAACGUGAAGUUAAAUCCUUCAAAUGAUACUUCGGAGAAGGUGUCGAGACGACAGACCGCCUUCGAAUUAUCGAAGGAACGAUGAAUCAUGGGACUGUUAGAAAUAAAUAGGAAUCUAAUAAUAGUCUUUCCUUUAGGAGAAUGUCGAGGUGACAGGGUGGAUAAGGGAGAGACGUUGUCGGUGGUUACUGUUCGUGCUAGUGAACGAGCGCAAUCGUCCUUCGCGAAAAGACUCUCUCAUAGUUUUGUGUAUUUAUUCUAUAAAUAAUAUCGUGGGAAUACGUACCAUACGAGAGUAUAGACGCGAUUUUUGAGCACGAGCUCCCUUUUAAGUGAUGGAGCGUUACUCUUAAAAUUGGGUUUUACGCUCGAUAUUUACCCUCUAAAGUUUUUAAUCUGACAUUGCUAUCUCUCUUAUCGGCAUUGUUUCAUUCGUUAUAACGUCGCGUUCGAGAAUUAGAUUCUUUGCUGUCGAAGAUCAGCGUUCGAGGGUGAAUGUCGGGUGUAAGCGCAGCGCGAUGCAUGAGGCACAUGGACGUCCUCGUGACAUAAAGUCGACAUUAUGUACUGAUAGUUCACUUCAUAUUUGAAAAUUUACCGAUAAUAGAUCUUGUACCGAUAUUGCACUGGAAUUGGAGCACACGUUCCGUUGUUCUCGGACAGGACGGCUCGUUCGUGUUUCGAUAGCCGCAAAUCGAUAGACCGGCUCGAGAAAAUGACAAUUCGCGAGAUUUCAGCUUUGACCGAUCAAAAUCCUGAAAAAUCUUUUACAUUAUGACCAUAUAUAUAUGCAAAUAAAUUGCAUUAUAUAAAUCUGUUAUUUACAUUAAUGUAAUAUUAUUUUAUCUGCAAUCUUGUACGAUUAUUGAUUGCAGAAAAUAGAUUAAAUUUGAUCGAAGUCGAUAGAUAAUACAAAAUCAUUUUGCACACACCAUUAACAAGAUUUUGUACAUAUUUCUUUUCGUUCUCGGUAUAAAUUCCAGUUUACAGACUGAUAAUAAUAAUAUACUUUAAUUUUGAAAAAGAAUUUUCGAAUCUAUAAAAGAAAUACAUAUAAAAUCGCGUUACGAAAAUUUUGUAACACGAUUUUGAACUGGACUACUCACCCCUACAUUUUUGUACGUAUUUUAACUCUGUAAAAGAAUUUUGCAUUCUAUAUAAAGCCAAUGAAAAAUACCCAAAUAGACAUAUUUCUGCAUAUUGUCUGCAUAGUGAAAUUUGAAGAUUAAAAAUGAUGGCAUAUAUACUUAAAGAUGCGUCCUUAUAGGACAUAAAUGUCGUCAGCAAAAGAAAGAGGUCUUUUAAUGCUAUAAAAAUUGCGACAAUAUGCUGCUUAUUUUACCAAAAGCAGAAUGCAAUUAAUCCAUUAUUAAGGCAAUGAUUUAAAUUGAUGUUGCAAUUUUAUACUGUUACAAUAAUAUCACAUUUUAUAAAUAAAUUUUUGUAUAUUGUAUUCAGCAUAACAUGAAUAUCUGGGUACAAUAAAAAAUAUAUAAAUGGAUUAAAAUAAAAAAUAUCGAUAAAACAGACGGCUUGAGAAUCCUCUUAAUAAGGAUUUAUUUCUAAAACUUAUUUCUACCAGAUAUUAAAAUUUGAGUGAAUAUUUGUAUAUAUCACUGAGGUCUAUGUUAAUAAUUUAUUUAAAAAAAAAAAAAAAAUUUCUCUAUUGCGAGAGAUACAGUACAACGGUAAAAGAGAAAAAAAUAAGGCCUAAUUUAAAUUGAAAUCAUUUUCCUGAUAAACCUGUCAAAAUGAUUUCAAAAACAAAAGGAUUGAUUUUACGAAAUAAAAUUGUCAUGUCAAGUUCUUCUCAUCCAUCUAUUUUCUGCAUUCAACUAUUACAAAAGAGCACAGACAGUACUAUAAAUACUUUCUAAGUUCUUGCAAAUAGAUUUUUUUUUUAGUUGGAAGAUUGGGAACAGAUUUGUAAUAAAAUUUAAUUUUUUGAAUUGCCACUUUUUUGAGCCGAGUCAUCAACGUGGCGUCAAUGUGACUUAUCGGGCCGUGCUGGAUGCAUCGAGUUACGAGAAGUGUUCGAGAAGUAGCUUUCAUCGCGGAAUAUAAUUACCGCAAAUAUACAGAUUAUUUAAGCUUAUCAGUCGAGAAGCUUUUUAGGUGAAUUUUCGGAUUUUGAGCAUAACGUGCAACGUAAUACGAAUGUAAUAUUUGUACUUAUUAAAAUUUCUGAGAAAUUAAGAAAAAUUCUCCCUAAAAGACAUGAAUGAGAAAUAAAAUGAGAGUUAUUUGAGUCAUUCAACACAUUCAAUGAUUUGCACUGAAUAUAAAAUUGAAUUAAGGAAAAGUGUCACGUAGUCACCUUAAAUUACUUUUCUUCGAAUAACGCUGCAAUAUUCUGCCUAUAUUGUGAUUAGCAUAUUGGACAAUGUUUUAUUCUCUUUUGACAAGGAUUAUAUAACGUGCCUCGAGUUCAAUGUAUAUAUAUAGUAUAGAUGCGUAAUUCGUGAAGAAGCCGUGAAAUGUAAUUGUAAAUGUCACGUUGCUCAGAGUGAGGUGCGACUAUUCCCGAGAGAAUUAUGAAAGUGUCGUAGCGAUUUUUUUCUAUCUUAUUAUUUUUGUUUCAAACUUCCUCCAUCUGCGAUUGUUUUUUGAAAUACUCCCGGUAAAGUGUCACAUUAUUUCUCGAACACCUCUCGCACGUUUUCUACACACAUAAUUAAAAGUAUCCCAAGAAGGGCCGUAGUCUUAAAGAGAAAAAAAACCAAAAAUGAACAUGGUCUUGUGCGCAACUAGAACGUUUUUCUUGUGUGAUAAUAAUCGGACACUCUUUACCGUUAAACAUCGAUUGAACAAUACAGCGAACGAUUCCGAGAGAAAAGCAUUUGAAGAUACUGUUAAUAUCGUAGGUUUAACUCUUUGCACACGGCAAUCCUGUUUUACACAUCAUUACCCUUCCCGAUUGAAUAAGGAUCUUGUAAAAAGAAAAAUUGAAAAAUAAAAUUUAGUUAAUAAAAAGAAAUGUUAUUUUUUCUUCUGUAAUUAUUUUAUGUGAAAAGAAUUUUUAUAUAUACAUAUAUAUAAUUUCAUACAUGUAUAAAUUAAAUUCAUGAUAUAUAUUUUCCUUCAAAACUUAUCUUGUACCAUCAUUCGAGUGUAAAGAGUUAAGUCAAUUUUCUGUCGAGAAUAAUUUCGCACACUUUAAUAGUCAACAUAAUGAAGAGAGAACUGAUGAACAUUAAGCAAUAUAUGCAAGAAAUUGAAAUAGAUACGAGUAUGUGAUUAAAGGUACGAAUGGUAAAGGGCGUCAAUUAAAACACGAUUGAUCAUUCGAUCAGGUCGAAAAAAUAUCUUAGUCCCUUCCAUAAAAAAAAAUUAUUUGUGAGAUGUACCCUAAUUAAUUUAUAUAUUGUUUACAAAUAUAUAGUAUACAGGCUAUCCUAAGUUCACUGUUUUUUCCCCUUUAAUGACAUUCAACAACAUAUUUCUCAAACAAUUUUGGUUUAAUUUUUAUUCAAAUAAAAACUUAAUGGAAACAUCAUCUUUUCAUUCAUCUUUAAUCUUGUAUCUUGUAACAUCUUUACUUGUCAAAGUUUGAAUUUUUAGAACGUGUUUCUUUUAGUAAUAGAAGAUUUGAAAAAAUAGCUCUUUUGCUUAUAUUUACGUGCUUUUGUAAAGAGAGAAAGAGAUACGCAGUGAAUUUGGAACAGUUUGUAUAUAAUGUUAUUAAUAAUUGUCUCAGCAUAUAGUAAUUUGAAAAGAAAGCAUUUUUACGUGUGUAUAUAACUUUCCUGAUCGUAUAAAAAAGAGAAGUAAUAUGCUUUUUAUAUUGAUGUCAUCGAUAUUUUAGAAGCUCGCUUUUAUUGAUUUACAAAAAACCCGGGAUGAUAAUUAUCCUUAUCCAAUUUUUGAAAUAACAUAGUGAAACCAAAUAAACUUUAUCUAAUGUCAAAUUGAAAUGAGUGAAUUGUCUCUCUGUCACAAGAUAGUAUAUCUAAAUUUAUAUUUCUUAUUUAUAUUAAUUGUAAAAUUUCUAAUAUUUUGUCCAUUUGUAUUAUUUUUAUAUUUCUAUUUCAUAGAGAUGCACUGAUACCUAAUUAGAAUAUAAGGAUUAUUUUUCAAUUAAUUGUUAAGUAAUACAAUGUUCCAAAGUAUGUUUCUUAACAUUCACGAGUAGAAAUUAAGUUUUUAGAUUUUUCAAGAAUAAUGAUAACUUAAGAUUUAUAUACUUCCUUGUGAUUAUUUUAAUGUAUAGUUUCAUUUUGAUCGCCUAUAUAUAUUACACAAUUAAGGCAAUGCUGACGUCGUCUGUUUAAUCGACAAAAAUACUAUUUUGUUAAACAAAUUAUAUUAAUUUUACAGAAUUAUAAUUUUUUUUACAUAUUUAUUUACAUGAUAAUAUUGUUAUGCUCUAUCACGGUAAGGAAAGAAAAUUCGUACACUUACACUUUACUGGGAAAGCUAAGAACUUUAUUGAACUUUUACAAGCGUUUCAAAAUACGCUCUUCUCAAAAAUCAAUAUAUCGAUCAGGACAGCUGACUGAUCUAACAGGCGCAACAACAUAUACGGCUCUGGUUUAGUUUUGUAAAAAACAAAAAAUUUUUUAAAAUACAUUUUUUAUUAAUAUGCAGGUUAAAUGUGCGAAAUAAAGACAGAGAGAGUUAGACGUAAAAUAAACAAAGUUAAAUCGUCAGAAUUAAGUUUAGAAGCCCGAUUUAAGAUAAUAUAACGUUUGAAAAAUUAUGUAUAUAUAUAUAUGUGUGAGAUCGAUGUAGUAGUAUACAAGUUCUGUAGAUGUUUCGUAAAUCGUAUGUAUGUAUUAUAAAUCGUAUAUGUGCAAGUCGAGUUUGAUCAGUAAAACUGACGACGCCAGCAUUCUCUUAACAUAAUUAUGUAAAAUUAAAAAAUUAUUAUUAUUAUAAUUUUAAGGUACAAUUUAUUAUUGUUAUUUAAUAUUUGUUUCAUAAAUUAUUGUGGUAAUUAAUAAUUUUCUUAAUCCAAGUCACGCCAUUCAAUUGAUGAUUGCAUUUAAUUAAACAAAUAUAUAUUUAAGAAACGUAAUUCGCAUGCAGUUAUGUGUGCAAAGGUUUUAUGUUUAAUCAAAAAAAGGAAGAAGCAUCGAAAGAGAAUCGAAAAGGUUUUGUUAAAGCUAAAUUAUUAUAACUGCGAAUAGAUAAAGAAAUUAAUUCGAAUUCAUUUUGUAAAAUCGAAUUUUUGAUUGUCAGAAAUCAGAAAUGCGUUAAAAAAGGUGUUUCCUGUUACUUGCGCGUUUCUGUUUAUUCUAUUUAUUAUAAUAUAAAAUAUAAUAUAAAUUAUAAUGAUUUCGCAUUUCUUACAAAUAAUUAGAAUAGUAAUAAAUCUUUUAUUCCUAUUUCCGAUACGUAAAAGCAUUUAUAACAUUUUAAUUCUUAUAGUUAUUUAUGAAUUCAUACACUAGUGAAGGAUAGAAAAAAAUUGUAUCAUUAUCAAAUCGAUGUUUGAUUUCGACUCUCGGGAUGUCACAACUCUAUAGAAUUUGUCAACUUUUUUUAAAAAUAAACUUUUCUUACAAGAACUGCACUAGAUACACGUAUUUCUACUCUAGCUAUACCUCGAUGAAGUUUUACUCAAUAUACACAUAUAAUAAACGUAAAAAAAAAAAAAAA